CUAAGUGUGUUGCACGCUUCGGUCUGCGCAGGCAUUCACUGCAGAUAAACAAAAAGAACCUUACAGUUGAUGUGCAUGCUUUUGUUUUUCAGACCCCGUCAGCUGUCCAGAAGAUAAAACAGCUUCUUAAAGAUAAACCGGAGCAUGUAGGCGUGAAAGUAGGUGUUCGUACAAGAGGAUGCAAUGGACUUUCUUACACACUAGAAUACACAAAAUCGAAAGGAGACUCUGAUGAAGAAGUAGUUCAAGACGGGGUUAGAGUGUUUAUUGAGAAGAAGGCACAGCUGACGCUUCUAGGAACUGAAAUGGACUAUGUAGAAGACAAACUCUCCAGUGAAUUUGUCUUCAAUAAUCCCAACAUCAAAGGAACAUGUGGCUGUGGAGAAAGCUUUAACAUCUGAAAUCUCUGGACUACUUCUUUGAUUUUGACCACCCCAAAACACUUAACUAUUAUGGCUUUCAGAAGCAAAUGUGUUUUCUUCAGGUUUGUAGGCUGCGUAAAAUGGGGAUACUAUUAAUAAAGCUAAAGUUAAAUCAUUUUGAAAAUGUGAACUGUGUGUUAAAUUCUACCAUUGAUGUAGUUAUGCUGUAAUUUGUGAUGAGUGGGGAUCCAAAAGGUAAGAACAGUACAUGCUGUAGUGACAUGGCUGUGCGUUUACAUGCCAGGGUAAUAAAAUAUCACUUGUUCUCCUUUGUCAUUUUCUUUGUCCACGCUGCUUGCUCUUCCCCAUCCAAAACCCAUUUGAAAGAAUGCAUUGCUUAUGUGAUCUGCUUUCAUUUGGAGGGGAAAGAAGGCAAAACAAAACCAAAGGAACCCAA